AUCAAUCUCCAACCUCUGCAGAGCAGGAGUAUAAGGAAAUAAUCUGAGCAAUUGUUGGGAAGGGACCAGAGAGAAAGAGAGAGAAGAGAGGCAUCGGUCUGCAAUCAAAAUAUGCAAUUCAAAACUCUCAUGUGAAAAGAAACAAGACACAACAUCGCCUGUUCUAAUGGUUUGAUGGAGAAUUGGUCGGAUGACAGCUGGAACUGUGGUUAUCACUGGUGGAAUACUAGCAACAGUGAUACUGCUGUGUAUCAUUGGUGUACUUUGUUACUGUAGACUCCAGUAUUACUGCUGCAAAAAGGAUGAAUCAGACGAGGAGGAGGAAUGUUCGGACUUACCCGCUCACCCACACUUCCCUUGCAACUCGUGCAAUGCGCAAGUCAUGGAUGGUUUGGUCCCUCAGUUGGCACUGCCAGGGGAGCUCAGCCAGACAAACACGAGGGGCUCAUGUCCCAGUUGCUCGCCCUUUUACAUUCGGACCGCCGACGAAAUGCGCAACGGGGGCGAAGGCAUCUCGUACGCUCCCGCCCACUACAAAGAGCCGGGGCUGCCCCUCAAGGUGCCAUCGCUUCAAGGUUUCCCGAUGAGCAGGCAGAACACCGUGCGGGAGAUGUUUGUGGGCGUCAGGGCUAUAAGUACUGAGGUCUGA